CACUUCCGUAAAUAUUGGGCAAGAGAAAUGAGUGAGAUUUCACUCAUACUUUAAACCACUAGAGUUUAGAGAGUUCUAGUCACGUGCCAACACCUAAACAUCCAAAAUGGCUUCACUGGGCAGGUACAAGACGAUUGGGUGGAAAUUCCUUUGGUAUACGUAUACUCGCCGUGUCUGAGAAUGAACAGGACCAUGUGAGACCCAGUAACAUAAAAAGAGACUAGCUGGUUAAAGAAAAAAGCUGCAGACAGAUUUACUUUUGGGGUCAGAUUUGCAUUUGUGUGACCAGCAUUGUAGCAAGAUAUAAGAAGUAUGAGUCUGUUUAAAAGAAGUGCGUCUAAAUCCCCAAGUCCUGGAAGCCAGGGCAGUAACAGCAGUAGGAAGCUGCAGGCUGAGGAAGAGGCUCAGACCAGACUGGAGGUGUAUGAGAGACACUGGCAGCAGAUUUUAGCCAUAAUACAAACCACCAAUGCAGCCAGGACAGCCCAGAACAUUGCUGACGAUAUCGAAGCAGUGCUCCAUUAUUUCAGUCAGAUGAUGUUUUUACUGAUAGAGGAGAAGGAGGAGGACGGGUGUCAGGGCCCCAUAUUAAGGUUCACUUUGACUGAAAACCUGCUGGAAGUGCUGUUUAAUUGGUGUAACCAGAGCGUGGAGUUCCGACAUAAACUGAAGUUUGAGCAGCUGAAAAUGUACGAACAGUUGAUAAGUCAGGCCAGGCAAAGAUUGCUGGUGCAUAAGCCUAUCAUUCGCCCUUUGAUGAAAUUACUGUCAUCAUGUUCAGAGACUAAGAAUAUUCACAUUGAGCAGCAUGAGGUGUUACUACUUCAUCAGCUUUGUGUAUGUUUGUCACAAGACCCUCAGUUACUGGAGUUAUUUUUUUCGGCCCAUGAGGUGCAGGGGUCGGCCAAAUUCCUGGUCUUUUCUCUGCUGAUCCCGUACGUCCACAGAGAGGCCAACCUGGGGCAACAGGCCAGAGAUGCUUUAUUACUGAUCAUGUCCCUGUCUGCUGUGAAUGAAGAGAUAGGGAAACAUGUGGCAGAACACUCUGAUUUCUGUCCUGUCCUAGCCACAGGUUUAAGUGGACUGUAUUCCUCGCUGCCCAGAAAGCUGGAGAUUCCCACCUCAGACUGGUAUCAGCUGACGCGGGAAGACUGGCUCCAGAUACCUGACCUGGGGAUGUUCCUCAACUCACUGGAGUUCUGUAAUGCUGUCGCUCAGGUUGCCCACCCAAUGGUUAGAGAUCAGUUGCUCAGUUUUAUCUACAAUGGCUUCCUGGUGCCUGUCCUGGGGCCUGCAUUACAUCAGGACAUAUCUGGACUGCCCAUGUCCAUCCUUGAAAAGCUCUUUGUGAAUUCUAUGGAUGAGGUGAUUGCUGCGACGGCAUACCUGGACCUGUUCUUACGCAGAAUUACGGAACCAGCUCUGAUGAGAACUUUUCUGAAGUUUAUUCUGACUGAACACCACGAUGAAAUCAACAUUUUAGAAUCUCUGAUCACAAGAAUUAGUAGUAACUCCAAGCUGUGUGUUGUGUCAUUAGGGUUGUUUAAGACCCUUCUGGAUCUGAACUGUGAAGAUGUCAUGUACCAGCUAGUUUUCAAGUACUUGGUGCCGUGCACACAUGUGAUGGUGAGCCAGAGGAAGGCAGUGGGGGAUGUAGACUUGUACAGCAAAGCAGCAGAGAAGUUCCUGGCUCUUAUACCAAAUGUAGGGGGCAGGACAGGCUCCGUGAAUGGUCCACAGGGGGCAGCAGCUGCAGGCACAGUUACCAUGGUAGUCACGAAGGACCUGCCUGUCUCAGGGUCAAGUUUUCCCUCCAAACCAAAACCAAAACGCAGUAAUUUUAGUUUUGGUCGUCUCUUUCGACGAACUAAACCUGCUCGUCAAUUUGUGCCUGCAAGUGGACAUCCCACGCCAGCAUCACCAGAAGGGACAGCCAUUGGCAAGUCUUCACUCCAAAGUGCUGAGAAAUUUGAAACUUGUUACCAGGACUAUCUUGAUGAGGCCAGGCAGCAGCUCCAUCUAUGUGCAGAAGCUUGCCAUUGCUGGUCAUCGCUGUAUGACAGUGAGGAUUCCUCACUAGAGAAUGCUGGGAUGCUUCUGACAACACCUCGUAAAUGUGCAUCAGAGAGUGUUUUAUAUCCCACACCAACACCCACAGACUACAAAAAUAUUUUGUCUGAUUUUAAAUUAAGGACAGAGUCUGCACCAAACAGGCUUGACCCCGCAAUGCUGGGGUCAACCCCACUGAAAGGAGGCGAUGUUCAGGGAUCUUCAGGGUCGUUAGAUUCUAGUCCAGGGACAGAAGGGUCGAAUCAGAAGUGUCAAAGUUCUGAGAGUCGUAGUAAUAGAGUUUCCAGUGCUUCUGAUGUAGAUAGUGCCUUAUCUUCUUCGGCUAGCAACGUCACAGUGGAACUGAAUGGGGGAGGGUCAGAGAGUGACGCUGCACUGUCAGACAGUUUUAGUUCUGAUGAUUUAGAGUCUUUUUUGACUUACUUGAAGAGAGUGAAAUCUCCCAUCGAAAUCUGUGAUAAUUUAGAAGACAGUCUCCACGAAAUUGAUGACAUGAUUGAAAGUUUGAAAAAUAUGACUGGGAGAGACGUGACAGUGCAAAAAGGAAAGUCAGAAACAGAUCUACUGAUAGAUAAUAACAAAAAAAGAAUUGAAAGUGAAUCACAAAGUACAACACAAAACAACUUAUUACAAAAAGAUGGCAACUCUUGUACAAAGGGCGACCUUGGCACAAGGUCAGCUGUAGUAACUUGUGACCCAAAGGAGCUGCUGACAACCAAUCACAAUACAAGGCCAAGGUCGCUGACAAGCAGUGCUCCAGAAAGUAAGUCUAGUCCAAAUUUGUCUGAGGGGACAGUGGAAGAGAAACUUGCCUCUGACCUGAGUGCAAUGCAGGCACUGAAGAGUGUCCAACAGGUGCUGAGUAUCACAGAAGAGACGAGACAGGACAAAGUGGGCGGAGGGGAGGGAGCCAAGAAGAACAGGUUGUCUCUGGGAAAGUCUGGAAUACCUACAAAGUAUACCCCCAACCAGCCCACUGUAGGUCCUUUCCUUAAUGUUCUCCUGACCAAGCUGGAAGGGAUGAUCCAGAACUCAUUCGAUGUGAACCUUCUCCUCACAGGUGUGAUAACACGGCUGGCCUGCUACCCUCAGCCACUCCUUAGGUCUUAUCUUCUCAACCAUAACUUAGUGUUUCAGCCCAGUGUGAAGUCCUUAGUGCAGGUCCUCCAUUCUGUGAAGACUAAGGUGGAGACCUAUGCCAAGAAUGACCUGAGGUUCAGCCCCAUGUUGGUCAAGUGCCACCAGUACAUGGUGACCCAAGAGGGGGCGUUCCUGGCUGAGGCAGAGGAGAGGAGAUGUACCAGGACAGAUAGUGUGAUUACACAGAAGUCCAGCAGCAUAUUUUACCAGCAGCUACCACCUCAUUCAUUACCCACUGUCCAUGAGGGCCAUCAGAAAGAGAAGAAGAGAGGGUUGGCAGACUUGUUCCGUAGGUCAGGUGCAGACAAGGGAAAGAGCAAACAACCUGGGAAGGAUUCAAAGUUGGAGAUCACUUCAGGAGGAGCAAGGUAUAUUAAUAGAAAGAAAGAAGAGAAACCCGAGCCAGAAAAGAAACCAGUGGACCCACCAGAGACCAAAAAUGCUGCUUUCUGUGCCAUAAUUUUGGAAGAAUUUUUGAAAGAACUGGCUGCUAUAUCACAAGAACAAGCUGUGUUGAUGGAGGAUGAAGAAUAUACAACCAUUGUCAUCAGAUGAGAGCCUUUGAUUAGGUUUAACUGGAGGAAUUUAUUGGUGCCAUCAUGGAGAUUUAUUUUGCCAGUGCUUACAAUGAUGCUUUACCUUAAAAUAAAAAGAAAAUAUUGUGGCAUAAGAAAAUAGGCAUUUAAAAGUUAAAAGGAGAUGCUAAAAAGAUGCUGCCUCUAAAAAGCAAAAAUAAUUGCAAAAUAAUUGGCUGUUUUGUACUUUCAUUGAAAUAAUUUUCAUGAAUUCAUUAACACAAGGUAUGAUGUUACAAUGACACCAAGAAGGCUGCAAGGGCUCCCUGCUCAGCCUUGACUCCAUAUUGUACUGUGCAUCUUGGUUCUAUGCAAAUAUAACAGGACUACUGCUGGGUCGUGUGUCACUGGUCAAUUUCUGUCACUUUCAUCAUGUUUUGAGACAAAUGUAAAGUUUUUAAUUCCUCUCCAAUGUAAAUAGUUAUCGGCUUCUGAAGGAAAAGUGAAA